GAAAGCAAACAUGGUCUCACCAGAUGUUGCAAAAUACAAUCUACAUCCGUAUGCGAUUAUUGUGCUACCAAUACCUCUUGCGAUCUUGUCGAGCAUUGCAAUUUCGAUACGGAUAUGGAUUCGAUACUGCCUUGCUCGGUCGUUUGGCCGUGACGAUGUUUGUCUGAUACUCGCUCAUGUGAGAACGCCGUGCUACCAAAGCUGGAAGAAGUCCACUAAUUUAAUCCUUCAGAUCUGCUUUCUCGCUGCUUGUGGCGUGUUCAUUGCCAUCGGAGUAACAGAAUACUAUCAAGGACUCGAGCCCAUCGUCAAGCUCGCCGAGCUCAGCAUCUUAGGUAUUGCUUUGUAUCUUCUCAAUCAGUGCUUCUUCAAACUAUCCAUGGCCUUUUUCUUCUUGCGGAUUCCCACCCGCUCCCUUCAUCGCUGGAUUAUCAUUGUCAGCGUCACCAUCUCCAUCGUCUUCAACCUCCUUCUGCUCGGUAUCUCCAUCGGCCAAUGCGGAAACAUAGCAACCAUCAACCUCUCCAAUCCCCAUUGCUUAUCCUGGUCCAUCCUCGGCCCUUUAAACUAUUUCUGCGCCGCACUAAACGCAGCUGUUGAUUGGAUAUUCGCAAUCUUGGCCAUCUAUAUUGUUGCUGGACUUACCAUGGACAUUCGCUCCAAGGUUUCUGUAUAUGCGAUUAUCGUGUUGGCGUCUGCAGGAAGUAUCGUCAGUGUAGUCCGUAUCCCAUUUAUCCCUGGCUUACGUCUGGACGGAAACUACUACUCAAGCCAAAACGACGUUAUCGCAUAUACUUCACUCAUCGAAUCAUCCAUCGGUAUCAUUGUCGCCUCAAUGAGUGUGAUGCGUCCUUUAGCAGCCCGCCUCUUCCACAAAGCCAUUCUCAAACUCAGCAGUGGGAGUGAAGAGAAGAAAUCUCAACACCAGCUACAGCAGCAAUGGGGUAAAAUCCCACAGAAAAUAGAACUACCGAAGAAGAAAGAAGGUGCAGAGGUGGAAUUGUAUCAAGCAUUGCCGGAUCCAACGCCCACGUACCUUGAAGCAGAAACAAUGGAGAUGGAUUAUUUGAGUGUCAANGGGGGUGAUGUGGAGAAGGGGGUUGCUGGACUGAUGUAUAUAUCCGAUUUGAGGACGGGAAGA